CGAGAAUAUAAUGGUCGAGACACAUCAAGAAGACGAUGCCCAUCAUACCGACUGUAAGCAUGAUGAGCGGCAUUCCAUUCAUGGUAGCGUCUUUCUCAUCUUGGCUUGCCGGUUCCUCCUCUGUCUCAUCUUCGUUUUCCUUGGACCUGGCGACAUCUGUAUGCUGUACGCAGGAUGCAUCUUCGAAGACCUUGCCGUAAUUCUCGACAGAAGUUUCUUGCGUGGGUUGUUGAACCGAACCCAAUAUCCUCGUAUUACUCGCCGUAGACGGCAUCAAUGAUGCUUCCAUGGAAUCCUCCCUUACAAUACAUUAAGCACCCCCAAACCGUUCCAACAUCUUUCCCCAUGUCACAACGUACCUAGGUAGGCACUUUGGUACCUUAUCAGUUCUGUACUUUACCACAUGUUAGAGCUACCUACAUGUAGGUACCUACCUACUUAAGUCGGUUCCAAGUUGUCUCUUCCCUACAUAGAUUUCCUUUCAAACCCCACAUUACCUUGAAUUCUACACCUUCCCUACCACACCCAAUUUCGUUUACAGAUAUUCUCGAUGGCUACUAAACACGCUAAAGUCUCACGCUGGCAGAAUGAUCUUCUGCCACAUAUUGUCGACCGACUGGCUCGAGAGACGCCUGAUGCAAUCUAUGGCUUAUGGCCCGUCGCGCCAGCUUCAUACGAGGCAGGCUUCCGAGAUGUGACUUACGCGCAGCUUGCCAACGUGAUCAACGGGUUGGCGAUCUGGCUCGAGGAGCAGCUCGGACGGGGCGAACAUGAUGUCUUAGCUUAUGUCGGACCGAACGAUGUUCGACUGACUGCUCUAAUUAUAGCGGCUGUCAAAGCAGGUUAUGUGCUCUUUCUGACGUCGCCGCGCAACAGUCCGGCGGCACAGCAAGGACUUUUUGAAUCGCUAAAAUGUCGGACUCUUGUGACGACGGACCCGGUACCGCCGGCGGCUCUAGUAAUCACGGAGGCUGUGAAGCCACGUCAACUUACAGUACCGAGUGUUGAAGAACUCCUUGGCACGUCUUAUGCCCAUUAUGUGUACACGAAGACAUUUGAGCAGGCACGCUGGGACCCGUUGAUGGUCAUGCACACAUCCGGAUCGACAGGUUUGCCAAAACCCCUGAUCUGGACUCAAGAAUCCGCAACACGACACAUGAACUUCUGCGCGCGAGCGCCUCCGAAUGGUGUGCGUUCAAUUGACUAUUCGUUUCACGGCAAGCGAAUUUUGGUGACAGUGCCAUCAUUCCAUGGGGCCGGCCUUUUGCAGUAUCUUCUUGGCGCUAUCCCUUUUGGCAAUGUUGUCAUUGCCACAGCGGCCGCGGCUAUACCAACAGCCCAAGGCGUAGUAGACGCGCUGCGGCAGACGCAGGCACAGGUAGCACUAUUAGUGCCAUCAGUAGUGGCCGAACUGGCACAGAAUCCUUCCCUUCUCGAUUACGUUGCAGCUCAUGUCGAGCUGCUUCUUUACAUCGGAGGGGACUUGCCACAGGCAUUUGGCGAUCUCGUUGCCGCCAAGGUGCCGCUGCGUUGCCAAUGGGGUGCUUCCGAGGUGGGCAUCCCUCAUUCGCUUUGGCCAACAGAGCUUGGGGCAAAAGACUGGCACUAUAUUCGCUUCCAUCCAUGUAUUGGUGCCGUCUUCGAUGAAGUCACCAAUGGAAACUAUGAAUUGGUGAUCCGACGCGAUGAUUCUUUGAUUGAUACUCAGGCCGCCUUCACCAUUAAGGGCCAGGAACUUCUUGAGAAAGAAUAUCGCACACGCGAUCUCUUUGAGAAGCAUCCGACGGUGCCAGAUGCGUGGCGCUGGAGGGCUCGGGCUGACGACAUCAUAGUAUUCCUCAAUGGCGAAAAAACGAACCCGGUAUCGAUGGAGCAGCAUAUUGUAGCUUCUAACCCCCAACUGAGCGGCGCCAUCGUUGUUGGCGCACAAAGAUUCCAAGCUGCAUUGUUAUUAGAGCUGGCAACUACGUCGCAUCAGACCACAGCAGAACAGGCCGCCCUCAUUGAGAGGAUAUGGCCCAGUGUUGAGAAAGCCAACCAAGAUGCCCCUGCCCAUGCACGCGUUGAGAAAUCACUAAUUCUUAUCGUACCACCUGAAAAACCAUUCAUUCGGGCUGGCAAGGGAACUAUCCAACGAGCUGCUAGCAUCGCUCAAUAUGCUACCGAGAUUGACAAGCUGUAUGCGGAUGCUGAUGUCGCUUUCGAAGAGGAUGGUGAUCAGUCGCCGCCAGACCCGGCUGAUACCAAGGCUAUUACGCAGAUCAUUCGGGACAACGUCCUCGCCGCUACUGGCUGGACAACCCCGGACGAAUCUGCUAGCUUUUUCGAUCUUGGUAUGGAUUCAUUACAGGCAUUGCAGAUCACGCGUGCUUUACGGCGUGGUCUCCGCCGGCCUGAACUCGCUCUAUCCACAAUAUACCACAAUCCCACGAUUGCCCAACUCACAGCGGCCAUAACCACUCAGCGAGAUGUGUCCAACGAACGCGAUAUGAUGGCAUCUUUCUUGGAUACUUACCGGGGUUUGAUACAUCAGAUUACACCGCCAAAAGCUUUAGCAUAUAAACAAAAUGAAACAAUCGACGUCAUCCUGACUGGUAGCACAGGAACGUUAGGUACCUUUGUGCUGCGCGCUUUGCUUGAUAGGCCUGGUAUCGGUCAUGUCUUCUGUCUGAAUCGCAGUGAGGAUGGCCAAGCUCUCCAGAGCAAACGUUUUGCCUCUGCUGGAUUAGAGACAGACGGACUUGAUUCUCGAGUGACGUUUCUCCAGGCAGAUCUAGCACAACCAUCUUUGGGACUCGGCUCAGAAACGACCGAAACUUUACGAUCUCGCGUGAGUCUCAUUGUCCACAACGCUUGGCCAGUGAAUUUCAACCUGGGUCUUCAAUCAUUUCGGCCGCACCUCGCCGGAUUGGUAAACCUCUUUGCAUUCUCAGCCUCUUCUGCCCCACGCGUAAUGCGUGUUUUAUUCGUCUCGUCGGUUGGGGCUGUCAGCGGCAGGCCAGCCGAGAAUGAUAAGGGCCUCACGCCGGAGACUGUAUUCGAGUCGCUGGAUACUCCGCAUGCCAACGGAUAUGCCCGUAGUAAAUUCCUUUCGGAACUUCUGUGCGAUACUGCGGCUCGUCACUUGGACAUCCCCGUGUCUUUCGCACGUAUCGGUCAAGUUGCCGGUGCCAUACGCCGGCCUGGUAUUUGGAACCGAUCGGAAUGGCUUCCCAGUCUUGUCAUCAGCUCCCUACAUAUGGGAUGUCUACCAAAGAACUUAGGUCCCCAGUUCUCGGAGGUAGACUGGAUUCCAUUGGAUCUGUUGGCCGAUGUAUUGGUUGAUCUUGCUUUGUGGCAUGACGACAAGCGAUCCACGGCGGCAAAGGUAUUUAAUGUGCGUAAUCCGUACACGACGGCAUGGGAUACUCUCCUGCCAGCUAUCAUAGAAGCAGCACAGUCUUCUCAUCUCAACCGAGGUCUCGAGGUGGUGGAGCCGGCAACCUGGCUCUCCCGCCUCCGGCAGAGCGCGUCCUCUGAGGUCGGUAAUGGUGGUAGUGAAACUACCACGUUGAAUCCUGCCGUCAAGUUGCUUGAUUUCUACAGUGAAGGUCUCUGGGCCACGGACGCAACUGGAUCGAAGCUGCAAAUGUCAAUUGAACAAGCGCUCGCGGCGAGCCCAGCAUUACGUGACAUAUCACCAAUAGGGCUUGAAUGGAUGUAUAAGUGGGUUGUCGAGUGGAUUGAAUCAACUUCGAAUGUUUCAAACGAGAAUUCAUCAGGGCAGUGAAUGGAGGAAGCUUUGAAUUAGUGAGGAUCGUGCUUUGGAUAUCAAAUUUGUCAUUCACUUUUGCGCACGCCUGCUAUAACACGACAUGUCACUAUGAGACUCCCUUUCCCUGAUCCGACAUUAAUGGCAAUCGGUCUGUUAGUGAAUGAGCUAUCAUUUUUCUGAUGAGAUUGUAUUUUGAUUUAAAGUCAGUGAAACAUUCUGUUCAAACGGUAUCACGGUCCAACUACAAUAGCUUGAAUAUCAACUUGACAGAGAUAUCUAGGUUUAGUAAUUCAGUUGUACUAAGAUACUUGUAAUAUGAUGGGCCCUCACUUAUAUGGACUUUUUUAACUAUCGAACCGUUUUCUACGUAUUAAUGACG